AUGGUUAACAAGCGCAUGCGAUGCGCGAGCAAGGCCGCCGAGAGCGCGUCUGCACGUCUCUGUGCGGGCGCCGAAGCAGAAACCACAGCAACUGAUGUCCCAUCGGUUGCUGAAGCGACUCAGCCUGUGUCACCUGGUGAUGCAGGCGCUGGUCAUGAAGACACUCAUGUCUUCACAGAGUACGAGCUCGGUGUCUCGUACUCUCCUGAUACGGAUGACGGAUCCGUAUCGACGGCAAUUGAAUCCAAGCCGCCUGCCAAGUGUGGCAUGGACGAUGCUUUGCGUCGUAGCAUCUUUGGUUCAUCUGACGAAUCAGAUGAACCAUCGCCGAAGCGAAGGCGCUCGAGGUCGCGAGACUCAGGCGCUAAUAGUGGUGUCGGUUCUCCAAUGGACACCACUUCACAGCGAGGUGCCAGUACUUCUGUCGGCACGUCGCAGGAAGAGCGGGACCGCAAUGUGUUGCGUCUCGCUCCAGAAAAGAAGGCAUGGAUGCCUCCGAAAUCUGUCAUGGAUCACUUGUCGGCGACGACGAGUGAUCGUAAUCGAACACGAUUGUUCGAUUCGUCAAGGAUCCAUCACCUUGACCCCAGCGCGAAAGACUAUCGCGCUGAACAUGAGUUCUUCAUCGAUGCUUUCUUCAGACAUCGAUGGUACAGUGGGAAUCACGAACGUGAUGGUCCCUCACUACUUCAGGCGUGGAACGCCUACAUCCAUAACCUCGAGGAUGUAGGUCGUGACGCUUGGAACGACAAACUUAUCAAAGCUCGUGAUAAGUUUGAAAAGCGAACCCCGACAGGUGCACGCUACAAGCUGCAUCGUCUGUCAAGGGAGAAAGGAUUACCCUGCCUCUCAUGGGGAGACCCCCCGUGGUGGCGCGUACGUGUCUCUACUGAGAUGUACGAAGGGAUUGACAACCUGAAAUCCCUUUACGACCGUGCCGGGGAGGCUUUCUCCGGCGGUCCUUCUGCGGCACAGGAUGUGCCGCGUCGUACUGCUCGACCAGACCCAGUACGUCGAUCAUCAGUUGGGAUCGGGGAUCACAAGAAUCCCAGGACGGGGGAUAGCCGCGCCACCGGACGAGAUAACUCGUCCGACGUCCGUUCACGUCGCGGUGGUUCAACAGCUGCUCAACUAGAUAGCGCUGGCCACCGCGAGAGUCCUCUAAUGGAGGUGGAGGAGGAGGAAAGACGCUCUCCACACGAUCAUGUUGAUCGGUGUGUUCCCGAGAGCUUCUUUGAUCGCGUAACGCAAGGGUUACGCGACGAUCUCGAGCAUGAGCGGAAUAGGCGUCUCCAAAUGGCGGACACUGCCUCAAAGCAUCGAGCUGAGUUUGCCUUUGCUCAGCUUGAGAACGAGAGAUCUCUGACAUCUCUUCGUGACGAGCUAAGGGUAGCUCGUGGGAUUGUUGAUCGGUCUCGGGCUGAGAUAACUGCUCUUCAGACCCUUGUUGAUGCCCACCAUCGGGAGCACAAGGCUCUCUGCGAGAUGCUUGAGCGCAAGGGCGUUCUUCAUCGGAAGAAGCAGCGUACUGAUGGUACGGCUUAA